GACCGAUUCCUCCUAACAUCCCUAUUAUUUCAUCAGAACUCAGAACUCAGAACCCAGAACCUCAGAAUGAAGAACGUGACAAGUCAACUGCCAGAUAUGAACUCACAAAGGUAACAGUUGUAAUCAUCCCAGAUUCCAGGUACCUAUACAGUCAUGAAGCACACCGUUGCACUUCUUCGGCUUGGUAGAGUAUCCUCGCCUGUCAAUAUCCUAAAUAAAUGCACGCGCCCCGUCUCAUAUCGACUACGACGUCAAAACUACUCAACUCAUCCUACGAAUGCGAAGCUCAACUUACCAACUGAUUACUCGACGACGCCAUUAUUAGCACACGGUGCGCAACAAGCACUCAGUAAUCCCGAGCUACCACCCGAAGCCAAGAAUGGGACAGCCAAACGUAUGAACUUGUUCCAAGCAAUUAAUGAUGCCCUGUCAACUGCACUGGCCGAAGACGAGAAUGUCUUGGUGUUUGGAGAAGAUGUUUCUUUUGGAGGAGUAUUCCGCUGUACGAUGAAGCUGGCGGAGAAUUUCGGGGGCGCUCGUGUCUUUAAUACACCUUUAACAGAACAAGGCAUCAUGGGUUUUGGUAUUGGAUUAGCAGCCGAAGGCAUGCGACCGGUAGCCGAGAUUCAGUUUGCAGAUUACGUAUAUCCUGCGUUCGACCAAUUAGUAAACGAAGCCGCCAAAUAUAGAUAUCGCGAGGGUACGACCGGAAGAAGCGUAGGCGGUUUAACGGUCAGAAUGCCGUGCGGCGGUGUAGGUCAUGGAGCGCUAUAUCAUUCACAGUCGCCAGAGAGUCUCUUUACUCAUAUCCCCGGUCUGAGAGUAAUCAUGCCAAGGUCGCCAUUGCAAGCCAAGGGGCUUUUGCUGGCAGCAAUCCGGAGCAAUGAUCCAUGUGUGUUCAUGGAACCCAAGAUUUUAUAUCGAGCAGCUGUUGAACAGGUGCCAACGAAUCCAUAUACGCUGCCCCUUUCUAAAGCAGAAAUACUGAAGGAAGGCAAGGAUGUGACGAUUAUCUCGUACGGGCAGCCGCUUUACACUUGUGACGCAGCUAUCCAAAGGGCAGAAGAAGAUUUAGGAAUCUCGAUAGAGCUCAUCGAUUUGCGGACGAUAUAUCCUUGGGAUAAGGAGACUAUCUUCAAGAGUGUACGGAAGACGGGAAGAUGCAUGGUGGUGCACGAGUCCAUGGUAAACGCAGGUGUGGGAGCCGAAGUAGCAGCAGCAAUCCAGGAGGAUCCUGACACAUUCAUACGUCUUGAAGCACCAGUGUCGCGCAUAGCAGGCUGGAGUACCUUUACACCAUUGCUGUAUGAGAGGUUUAACAUCCCUGAUGUUGCUAGAAUAUACGAUGGGGUUAAGAAACUGUUGGAAUAUUAGAGGAUUGGACAUGUAUGAUAUACAUGGAGGACGAGAGGGUCGUUUGCUGGUGGAAAGCGAUAUGCUAGGUAUAAAUUAUGCUGUGAUUAAAAGAGCGAUGAACAGAAAAAGCAUGGCUCAUAAGAAGAUGCAUGUGCUCGCCGAGUUUAGGAUAACUAUAAAUGAGCCCUAUUAACUGAUAGAAACCUCUUUAGAUAAGUAAAAGGAAAAGAAAGGAAAAAAUAUUUCAAGGUUUAAAUUUCGAAGCUCUUGAGAUUCUUUGAUUGCAGUUGACUGACAAGG